AUGGCAGACGCGUUUUAUUGCCGCGAUUUGAAUAUGACGAACAGUGGGGAUUUACACUCUUCUUUUACUGUUUCUUUCAAUAUAUAUUUAUGUUUGCCAAUCUGCGCGAUACGAGUUGGGAAGGUGCCAUUAGACAAAGGUAAACUAUAUGUUUUACUUUAAUUAGUGUGUUUAACUUUAGCCGGUGUGUUGAAUACGAUACUCCAGAUGCCUUUGUUUUUUUAUUUUGGGUUAGAUGAAUAAUAUGACUGGUCAUAUUAUACUUUAUUGUACGAUAGAUAAAGCUUUACACAUCUUUUUUCUAUAUUCAAUAAUGACCAUUGCGUAAUGGUCAUUAAAGAGCAUUAAUGAUUGAUGGGGCUUUCCGGUUUGAUACAGAAGUCAGGUUUAUUAUAAUAUAGUUUACUUUUGUAUAUCAUUAAAGGUUUUACUAUAGUUCUUGAGGUUUUUAAUAAGAUUUAAAAAUUACGGGUUGAAUUCCUGCCGAAUUGGCAUUGUGUUUCAAGCUUAUAACUUAGUUAUUUUUUGGCUUUUAAUGAUUUUUUUGAUCUACCAGUUGAAAACCUUUAAAUUAACCUAAAUUUUUAAAUUUGCAAGCUUACUUUGUAAAAGGGUUUGCAACACAAUGCCAAAUUGGCGCGAACCAUGUAUUUUAAUUUUAAAACUCAAAAGCGCGAAAAAUUGUUUUUUUGUGGUUACUAUUGGUACUACAAAGAAAAAAAAUUUUAAGCCGAUUCUAAGCGAGGCAGGUUAGAUACUUUCCUUGCAAAUUUUUAAAAAUUAUUCAAAUUCAAAAAAGUUCGAAAACGUAUGUUAUACCAGAGAUUUCACUUUUCACGCCGCAUUUCACUUAAUUUCGACAGUUUAUGUAAAAUUCGAAGGCGACGGAUCGAAGCGUGAAUAAAUAUUUAUUCAGAAUCUUGAUCGCCGAAGUGAUCCAACUUCUUUCAUUAUAUUCUUUUUGUAUCAUCGUUUUACGAAUAAUUGCCGUUGGCGCCUCGGUUCAUGUUUCAUUUUGCUUUUAUGUUUUUGUAAGACGUAAAUUGUGUGGGUAUAGGCAUAAUGUAGAGGUUGUUGCUUUGCAGUUUAGUUUUGGUUUAUGUUGACUAGUAGGCGGUUGUUUUAUCUUACAAGAUGUUCUAUAUAUUAUAAAAAGAUCUUUUUUUUGGAUUUUUGAUCUAUUUAUCAAAAAUUGUGAGAACUAUGAUAUCUUUAAAGUCACUAAUUUAACUCAACAUAACACUAGCUUGAACUCCGCAAUCAAAGCCUUAAACUUAAAUUUAUGGCGUUAGAAUAUGUGAUAGCGAUAGGAGAUAACUAGAUCUGACACCAGCUAAACGUUUCUCCGUAUAAAGCUUUGUAUUUAAAAUUUUUGCGUGUUGUUUAAUACAAUAUUUUUAGUUUUAAGUGCGUUUUUUUUCAAGACUUGCUUUUUGUUGGUUUUUACUCUUCCUUUGCUUUUUUAUUAUUAAAACGUAUUUUAAAACAAUGUAAAUUUACUGUGCUUACUAGUAUGAUCAAAGUAUUUUGUAACAACAUUUAUUAUAAAUUAUAUUUUCAGCGUAAAUUAUCUUUCAAUACACUUUCAGAUGCCCAAAUAAGAAUGAGUAACAGUCCACUGAACUCGCCUUCAUCGUACAAUAGUUUGACACGAUCGGCCAGCUCUCUUAUUGGAACGUUGCCACGGAAUGUGCCGGCCAAAAGUUUUGGCACAGCGAAUUAUAUGUUGAAAGAAGAAUACGAGCGUGACAGAAUCAGAUGGCAACAGAAGUUGGACGAAGCUGAAGCCAAACUAGCCGAAGCGUCGGUUCAGAAUACAGAAUUGAGUCAGGUCAAGGCUCAGCUGGUAAGUCAUAAUUUAAAAAUAAAAAAAGUAAAAAGAUGAUGAGCAGGAAAUUGUGAAUUUUAUAUUGGCCGCAGGGAAAGGGAAAUGAAAAAAAAUUUUAAUUGGUUUUUUUUUAAUCAAAAUGAAGAUUCUUGCCAAAUUUAUGACAAAAUUAUAUAAAGCUUUGCUUUUUUACAGAACAAGAAGAUAAUUGACAUAGAGAAGAAUCAAAAACCAUUGAUUGAGUACAAUAAAAGAUUGGCUGAAAGGAAUAAAACAGUGACAGAACAGUGCAAAGAACUAGAAGAUAAUAUUGCCUUUGUACGAGAUGAGAACUUGACGUUGGUAAGGAUUACUCGGUAACUUUAUAGCAAAAACUGCUUUUUCCAGUAGAUUUUAUUUUCUAUACUACCUAGUCAAGAUUAAAUUUUCGGUAGAUGUUAAAAAUAUCUAUCGAAACAGAUAUAUCGACUAUUAUCGGCCGGAAAUAUCGUAUUGCUCAAUUUUUUUUGUUUUUUUUAUAUUUUUGCCGAUAUUUUGGCGAUAUUUUUGCGAAAUAUUGCUUUUGUUGUGGGACUAUCUUAUAUCAUCAAAAUCGAUCAAAAAAAAUGUAAUUAUCAAGUCUUUAUCUAAAUCGUUUUUUUUUGUUUAGAAUGGCCCUACAACACAUAAUGAUUUUGUAAUAAUAUUUUUAGAAAGACGCUUACGACCGUUUGGCCAAAGACAAUUCAGCUUUGAAAGAGCAACGUGCUUUUCCAGAACGUUUAGAAGAGUUGGAACGGUACAGAACUCAAGUUUUAGAGCUUUCAAAAUGCAUUACUGCAUUAAGGGCCUCGAUUCAAGUAGGUUUACAUUGUUUGUCUAACCUUAAAAUUAAUUUUUUAUUUGUUUUUGUUAUGUUUACUAAUAUUUUAUGUAGAUUUUAAGCAGUUAUAUUAAAUAAGGUAAAGUUUUUUAAUUAACGUUUUAUAUGUUACUUUAUAAGGGCUAAAAUGAUAAACUUUACAUGUGUAACAACACUUUUUAUAUUAUAAUACUUGUUUGUCCGUUAGAGUGAAGUGUUUUAGGAACGCGACCGACGUCAUGAGCUUCUGAUUCUAAAGUUUAAGAAGAUCAAGAAGUCGUUGGCUGCUCGACGUGAGAAUGAAGAUGACAGAUUUAGUUGUAUUGGAUCGGAGGCUUCUACUGGCUCUACAAUUGCGCUGGACACAAUUGCCGAGGAUCUGGAUGAGGUUAGUAGAUUAUUAAAUAUUUUAUUUACUUUAAAAUUAAGUUUUUUAAAUUAAAAGGGCUCUCAAAGGUGAUAUUUAAAAACAUAUUAUUAUAGUUUUAAAAACUUUUAAAUUUAGUUCAACUUUUUAUAAAAAAAGUUUAAAUCUCAGUUUUGGCGCCAAAACAAGCCUACUUUCUAACCAAAAAUGUAUCAUUCAAACCCAAAUUUAUUGAAAAAACACCUCGUAAAUAAGUUUUAAGUGAGGAAUUGCCUUGUAAAUGAGAAAAGUAACUAAUUUGAGACAACAAAGCCAUUCAGCCGCGAACCUCCAGCUGAUCUCGGCCCGUCCUUGAAAAGUCAUCGCGAAUUUAAAAAAAGGUGCCAAAGUGCAGUGAACGGAAUGAAAAGUUUUAAAAUGUUUUCGGGGGAAAGAAACGUUGGCAUUGUUCAUUAAUGUAGUACAGCAAGGUGGUAUUAGCAUUAUGUUUUCAUAACUUGUAGCUUAAGGCGGGGGUGAAGUGUAAGUGAACUUUUCUGGGGAGUGAAGGAUGGCAAAAGGCCAAAUUUUUUUAACUAAGGUGGUACCUUUAUUUUUUACAUAUUGAAUACCUGAUGUUGCCUGUACUAUAAUGUAAAGUUAUGUUACGCAAAGCGGAGUUUUAUGCGUAAGAACGUUGAGUGCUAGUGCUGAUCGUUAUCGGCACGUUUCUUGUGAGUCAUUGUUAUUCUAAAACUUGAGCGUGAAACCUUGUUAUGUGAUUUUGAAUUAUCGUAUAGGCCGUUUUUGCUUGAUAACUAAAAUUUUUUUUUAUUUUAAAAAUUUUACGUUAAGGUAUAGUGCUUUUUUUACUCGAAUGUAAAGUUAGUAUCAGUAUACUUAUUUUUAGCAUAUAAUAACUCUUUUGCACAACUAGCUUUACAGAGUAUAUGCAUUUAUAGCCAUAGAAUAAUAAGUACAGGCUUCCUGUAUUAUAAUAAAUAUGUUAGUUAUAAAAAUAUUUUUAAAACAAGGUCUUUUCUAUCUAUAAACAAGAUACGACUGACGUUAAUUGUUGUUCUUACUUACAGAUAUAAUUAUACUCUAAUUUUGAGAUUACACUCUAUAAUGGGUUGUAAUUGAGUAUGGCAAACGUUUUUUGGGGAGUUUAGAUGGUUUUGACAGCUUUGUUAUUUUAAUACUUAAAAUUUAUUUUUACUACAAUAAUAUUGGAUUAUCCAUUUAAUUCUGUGCCCUAUGUCAUAGAAAAUAGUCUUUUUUUAUGGCGGUGUGUAAGAUCGUAAAAUAGUUUUGAAAAUCUAUGCCAGUUUUUUAAAAUUAAAGUUUACGUGUCUAUAAUCGACCGUAUAGGUAAUUUCGUAGUAAAGUUAACAUGCAAAGGUCAGUAAAAAAAACUUUUAAUGAGUAAAACGUUUUACCUGGGGAAUUUUGGAGAUUGACCACAAAUGGACAUGUUAUAUUUGAAAAGAAACAUAAUUGUCUAUUUCCGUUUACAACGUUCCAAAUAUAGGUCUUUGGUGCAUAAAACAUGGGCUGUUUGAGGUUGAAUAGGAAGGGUGUUACAAGGGUAUUACUUAUAUGUUAAUCUUUGUAAAAACGUAUUUAUAUAUAACAAGAAAUGAUAGAAAUUGUGUCGUAUUUUACAUUUUUUACAAUUUUUUACUUUUUUACGUUUUAUAAAUGCCGAAUACGUCUUUUAUAGCACAAUAUCUUUAAUGUUAUUGACUUGUACAAUACUAUCCGCGUGCCUUCAUUAGUAACUAUUAAAAGCGUUUUAGUAAUGUUAAAGCCUACUCGAAUACCGACCAUUAUCCCCAGGGUAAGCUUUAUAUUUUAUGGUUAUUCAAGUAAAGGUUGUAAUCUUGCUUGACUCAGUAUUUUGAAAAAGCCUCAGGCAAUUUAUAGGCUAUGUUUCGUAAAAUUUACUAUAUGCCGCGAAGGGUCAGGUUUUUGGAGGUAGGUACAGUAGUAUAACUUUCGGGUACAAUAGUAUUAUUGAGUUUUUCAAAUAAACCUGUGCCCUCUCUCAAAGCAAAUUUUUGGAAGUAGGGGCACAUAAUCAUUUGAACAAUCUAAUCCUUGGUGCUGUACUACGUUUGUGGUACCAAAAGAUGCUUGGAGAUUAAAAAACUACAGUAAUUUUAAAACUUUAAUGUAAACACCUUCAUCUUUAUAUAGUUUUCCUCAUCCCCAGUAGUAAAAUGACUUUUCAAACCCAAUAAAAAAUAAAAAGCAGUGUUUUUACCGUGUGAACGCCCUAAAUCAUAACCGUAUUACAAUCAUAUCACUGAUAAAACAAAAGAAAUUGUUCGCUUGUUAGUAAUCGACAACAUCUUUUUGCGCGAAAAAUGACUUUUUCAAUCAAAAAGUGAGUGGGGCAGUGUAAUACCCGUAAUUGGGGGUUCAGAAAACAGUUAAAAUGGCAUUAAUCGGCUUUCACGGGCAUCGGGGGUGGAUAAAUAUUUUCGUUAGAUCUGUUUGUGGUUGAUCUUGUGCGUUUAGGUGGGGAAUUGAGGUUUUUAGGGCUGGAGGGGGGGGGGAGGUUAAGAUUUAAACUUCAAAGAAAAAAAAAUUGAAAAAGUGAUGUUUUUACUGGGGCUAAUCUUUCAGAAAACUAAAAAAAUAUAAAAAAAAUUUUAAAAUUUUUAGUUUGUAAGAAUGAUGUAGGUAUUGUUAUUGACAAAAAAUAUUUUCGUUGUACCCUUAAUGCUCUUAGCCUCUGUUUCAAUUGCUUAUAGCAUGACCUCUGAACGUCAAAACCAAAAGAAAUCGCAUUCAGAAGGCGGAUUAAUGUCACCUUUUCGUUUUUGAUGUAAACGUUUCCCUUUCCAUCGGAUGAAGAGCGUUCGUAUCUUGAGAGAUUCGGAUAUUAUUUUAAUUGGCAGUUCAUUUUGUUUUGUUAUUGUAUACACAACGCAGUAUACGACAUUGUGUAUAAUAUUGUAGGGUGAAAGGUUAUUUAUAGCUGCAGUAAACAAGUGACGAGAGUUAUUGCAGGGUUUUGCAGUAUAAUUAGGAGAGUGGGGUAUUAAUGAGGUUGAUAUGAUAAUUUUUGGUUGUUUUUGCAAGGGAGAGGUAUAUAGCAGUACAAAUGCAUAGGCAAUAGCAUAAACAUAUAAAUGGAUUUAAAUUUAAUUUUAAAUUUUAAAAGUUAGAUUUUUUUGAUUUUUUAAAACUUUAUUAUUAUAUAAUUCAAAAAUAAGGAGUUUUUAUUGCAGGACCCAUCCUUGUUGAGUGCUGAUACUCCACAAGUUGUACUGGACCAGUUGGAUCUAGUGCAAAAUCAAAUUUCAGAACUUCGAGGUGUUUUACUGCCAGACGUGGUAAGCUUUUAUCAAUGACAUUUUUACUGUUUUUAAGUCAUAAAGCUGUCAUUACUGUACCUUUGAAAAAAAUUUUGACUUUAUACGUUUUACUUUUCACGUUUUCUUUGUUGAACAUAUUUUUAAAUAAUACAGUCUAUUUCUCUUCGUAUUUUACAUCUCUCUUUCAGCCAGAAGUGACCCACGAGAUAAUGCUAACAAAGGCGGCGAGGAUGAAGGAAGAACACAAGAAUCUGCAAGAGAAGGUGUAUAUGUUGGAGUUGGAGUUGGCUAACGCGCGUGACACUAACGAAUUGUUGGAAUUUCAGUUGGUUGAAUUGAGCAGUGUCAAGGUUAACAUUCGUUUUGUUUUUUGUGGAUGUUUUGUCACGUAUCAUUUGUAUCGUCGGCUGUGUUACUGUAUUUUUAACUUUAUUUUUUUUAUUUAGUGUAUUUGGAUAUGUGAAUUUUUUUUAAAUUUUGCGACGAAAUUUAAUUUUUUUAUUUUACUGUCAGAAAGGUAUUAAAAUUUAAAGUUUAACUUUUAGAAUCCACCAGUAUGUCAAGACAAGUCAAUAGAAACAGAUGAAUACAAUGAUGAAGGCCUUGAAGUCACAGAGUUGGAGCCCAGAUUAAACUUUGUAAGUGAAUAUGAUUUAUUUGGCUUUGGAUGACAAUUAGAGCUAUAAGAAUGUAUGCUUAUUAAUUUUUGAUCAGUUUUAUCAAUUGUAAUAUUGUAAAUUUUAUUUUACAGGACGACGACUUUGUUUCACGUACUAAAACUUCACUACGAAGGUUAGAGCGAUUGUUUGCUCUUAAUCUGCCUCAAAAGGAAAUCAUUCACCACGGUGUUUCAUGCAUAUCAGGACUUGAACAUGUAAGUACGCGAGCUGUAAUUGCUAUAAUUAGUCCAUAGUGUUGAUAGUAGGUGUUAUAUAAAGCAUGAUAUUGAUAAGUUGUAACUUCCCAAAUUAUUAUGAAUAAUUUCUUUACAUUGCUAUCUUUAAAUCCAAAUGAACAAGAGAUUUAGUAAGAAAAAUUGUAACAUUUUAUUUUAGAAGUUAUCUUUUGCCCAAAACCAAUUAAACAUGAACGGCUGUGAACUGAGCCGUUUGAAAAAGUUGUACGAAGAACAAAUGGCAGAUCUUCAACGCCAAGUCGACUCAUCGGCCGAAACCUCAUCUCAGAAGAAGAAAGAACUCAAGAACACAAUUGAAGAGUUGAGGGAUGAAAGGAUCGUAGUUCAAAAAGAAUGUGAAGAACUCAGAAAACUGAAUGAAGAACAAAUGUCAAAACUAGACGAAUUAAACAAAAAGAUCGAAGAAAGCAACAAAUUCAUCGAUGAACUAAAACAAGAUCUGGCAGAGGAAAGCCAGUCCAAGACCGAGAUCAUUCAACAGCUUCAGGAGACUCGACAGGCGGCUGAGAAGCUGCGAAGCCAAGUGGAUAUGCUUCAUGAUAAGGAAAAUAAGUUAUUUGUUAUGGAAAGAAAUGUCAAAAACCUGGAAGAUACGAAUGUUGAUCUCGAGAAGAGGUUUGACAAAGAGUUGAUGUUAAGAAACUCUUUGGAAUUGAAGAAUCAGCAGCUGAUUAGGGAGUUGGAGGCAGCCAGGAAGGAGAUCGAGCGGCUACAGGGAGAGAUUCGACCUAUCGGGUACGUGCUUAAACUUCAAAAUUUUUUAAAAUUUUAUUAUGCGUGUAUUUUUUAAAAUUAAAAAAAAAUUAAUAUUUUUUUUGUCAAUUUGAUCAAAGUUGGCUAUAUUAGAGUAGAGAUCACAAUAUCUUCAAAACAAUGAUAUCACAAAAUGCUGUAAUCGCUCAAAAAUGUUAAUUGUCUAAGCGAGAUUAUUCAUUAAUCUUAUUAAUUAUUCAAUUAAUUUCAUAAUUUUGAGGGGCCAACUUGAAAAAUGAGUAUUUAAUGUCGUCUACUAUAACAUACUUUACAUUCUUUUUAAUUUACUUUACUUUUAAACAGCUUACUAUAUAAUAACUUUUUAACUAAAACGCAGUCUUUCCUCUACGUUAUUUUACACAAACUGAUAAUGCUUUCUUCUUUUAGCACGGUACUCGUGGAGCAAUCCGUACUGUAAAUGCUUUCACUUAAGUUUAACGUGUGUACUAACUCUUGAGACAUUCUAAUCUUUCUUACCUAAUUAAAAAGAUUUUUUUGAAUGUUAAAAAGUUUGUUUACUAUUAUUUUGCCAUACUUUCUUUACUUAAAGAUAUAUAUACUAAUACAUACGCCAUUAUUUUAGUACUAAUGACCAGUAUAGGCUUUUUAAUGACUAAUAUAAAAACAAACUUAGUGUUACUUUACUAAUAUUCUACUUCAUUACCUUCAUUACUAAUCAUAUAAAUGACCAGCAAACCUGUAUAUAUAGUGUAGAUAUUACCCUAUGUAGAUAUUACCCACACUCCCAUAAACAUUCCCUUGUAGAAGUCAGUUGGAGCGUCGAUACGAAGAGUCUCGCUACCGUUUGGCCGAAGCUUUGAAGAUGAUCGAAAAGCUGGAAUCUCAAGUAUCAUCAUCGAAUCAAGUGAUUGCAGAGAUGAAGAAGGCUGAUGGUAACGGAGAGAAGAUGGCACGAGAAAUAGUGCAACUGAAGAGAUAUAAUGAUGAGCUGAGUGCUCAGUUCAACACUCAGAUGGACUUGAUCAGCGAGUUGAAGAAGAGGUUCUUGAUUGUGUCACAGAAGGUGAAGUUCAAUAUUUGAAUUUGUAAAAUACGGUCGUGGCAAAAUAUAUUAUAAAAUAUUGUUUUUACAAAAAAUAUAGUAUUGAUAGGGAAAAAAAGAUUUACAAUACUUAUUUCUUUUUGACAAUAUUGUUUUAGACGCAAGGAAAGAGUGAGUCCAACGAAAGCAUCAGCUGGACAUCUAAGAGUUCCUCUAUGGACGAUGAACAAUAUCAUUCGGAAGAAGGCGGCUCCGAGAAGAGCCAUCAACUUCAUCACGGAUCUAUUUAA